AUGAAGCUGAACGCUGUCGCGGCGGCCAUGUCGGCUGCCAUGCUUACGGGCAACGUCCACGCCGAGGACGUCAAGGAGGCUUCUCCCUCCGUUCCCGACAAGAUUCCCACAUUCACUCCUACUACACUCAAGGCCGACUUCCUUGAGCAGUUCACCGACGAUUGGGACCAGCGAUGGAAGCCCUCUCACGCGAAGAAGGAUACAACCGGUUCCGAGGAGGAAUGGGCAUACGUUGGCGAGUGGGCCGUCGAGGAGCCCGUUCAGUACAAGGGAAUCGACGGUGAUAAGGGUCUUGUUGUCAAGAACCCUGCUGCUCACCAUGCCAUCUCGGCCAAGUUCCCCAAGAAGAUCGACAACAAGGCCAACACCCUCGUUGUUCAGUACGAGGUUAAGCUACAGAAUGGCCUCGAGUGUGGCGGUGCUUACAUGAAGCUCCUCCGCGACAACAAGGCUCUUCACCAGGAGGAGUUCGCCAACACCACCCCCUAUGUGAUCAUGUUCGGUCCUGACAAGUGUGGCCACACCAACAAGGUUCACUUCAUCUUCAACCACAAGAACCCCAAAACUGGCGAGUACGAGGAGAAGCACCUCGACUCUCCUCCCAGCGCCAAGAUCACCAAGACCACCGAGCUUUACACUCUUAUUGUUCACCCCAACAACACCUAUGUGAUUAAGCAGAACAACGAGGAGGUCAAGACUGGUAGCCUCCUGGAGGACUUCUCUCCCGCUGUCAACCCCCCCGCCGAGAUUGAUGACGCCAAUGACAAGAAGCCCGAGGACUGGGUUGACCAGGCCCGCAUUCCCGACCCCGAAGCCAAGAAGCCCGAGGAUUGGGAUGAGGACGCCCCCUACGAGGUUGUCGAUGAGGAGGCCACCAAGCCUGAGGACUGGCUUGAGGACGAGCACGUCACCGUCCCUGACCCCGAGGCUGAGAAGCCUAAUGACUGGGAUGACGAGGAGGAUGGUGACUGGAUCGCCCCUACUGUCCCCAACCCCAAGUGCGCCGAUGCCUCUGGCUGUGGCCCCUGGACCAAGCCUAUGAAGCGCAACCCUGAUUACAAGGGCAAGUGGACCGCACCUUACGUCGAGAACCCUGCCUACAAGGGUACUUGGGCUCCUCGCAAGAUCAAGAACCCCGACUACUUCGAGGACAAGACCCCUGCCAACUUUGAGCCCAUGGGAGCUAUCGGCUUUGAGAUCUGGACCAUGCAGAACGAUAUUCUCUUUGACAACAUCUACAUUGGACACUCCAUUGAGGAUGCUAACAAGCUUGCCGUGGAGACAUUUGGUGUCAAGCACCCCAUUGAGAAGGCCCUCUUCGACCAAGACAAGCCCAAGAAUGAGGACAAGCCCAAGUCUCCCAGCGACCUGAACUUCAUGGAUGACCCUGUUCACUACAUUACUGAGAAGCUCGACCUCUUCAAGGCUAUUGCCGCUCAGGACCCCAUCCAGGCUAUCAAGUUCGUUCCCGAGGUUGCUGGUGGCUUUGCCGCUAUCCUUCUUGCUGCAGCUGGCUUGAUCGCCGUUCUGUUCAGCCUGGGCAAGUCCUCUCCUGCUGUCAAGGAGACUGCUGCCAAGGCUUCUGAGAAGGCUAAGCAAGUCAAGGACAAGGCCGCUGAGGCCAGCGCUACUGGUGCUGAGAAGGUCAAGGGCGAGGUCAACAAGCGAACCACUCGCAGCCAGUCCUAA